AACAGCAAGAGAGAGAGAGAGCGAAGAGAGGUGGAGGAGAGGCAGAAUCUAAAGCUGCUCUUGGGUUUUGUUAAGCGGAGGGCGCUUUGAGCUUUACUGAGGGGCCGGGAUGUGGUGGGGAGUCGCCGCCACAGCCGCGUGAGCCGGGGAGUCUCGCCAGGAUCAGGUUCUGCAGCGCUCCUCCCUCUGCACAUGGAUCCAUCCAGCAGCCGAGAGGCGGGGAAAAAAUGACAGACGGCUGCCUCCUUGCUGACUGACUAUGCUGCUGGGUUAGCAAAGCCCGACCAAGAGGAGCCUCACCUCCGGACCCCGCGAACGCAGGAAGGCAGAGUCGGUUCUGUUCCAGCACAGCCAUGCUGAUCAAGGAGUACCGGAUCCCCAUGCCGAUGAGCGUGGAGGAGUACCGCAUUGCUCAGCUCUACAUGAUCCAGAAGAAGAGCAGAGAGGAAAGCUGCGGUGAGGGCAGCGGCGUGGAGAUUCUGGAGAACAAGCCUUACGAGGACGGCCCGGGAGGGUCGGGUCAGUACACUCACAAGGUCUAUCACAUCGGCAAACACAUCCCGUCCUGGUUCUGUGCCAUCCUCCCUCAAGCCGCCCUUCGUGUGGAGGAGGAGUCCUGGAAUGCUUACCCAUAUACGCGAACCCGGUAUACUUGUCCAUUUGUUGAGAAAUUCUCCAUAGACAUCGAGACGUAUUACAAACCAGACACUGGAAAUCAAGCAGAUGUCUUCAAUCUAUCCUCCGCUGAAAAGAGACAGAGGACUGUCGACCCUAUAGACAUCGUCAAGGACUACAUCCCUCCCCACGAAUACCUGGUGGAAGAAGACCCCAAGCUGUACCAGUCAAUCAAAACCAGACGGGGCCCGCUGUCAGAGGACUGGAUCGAGGAGAUCAACCACAACCCUGGUCAGACCGUCGUCAUGUGCGCCUACAAGCUCUGCAAGGUGGAGUUCAGAUACUGGGGCAUGCAGUCCAAGAUCGAGCGCUUCAUACACGACGUAGGUCUCCGCAAAGUGAUGGUCCGAGCCCACCGGCAGGCGUGGUGCUGGCAGGAUGAGUGGUACGGUCUCACCAUCGAGGACAUCAGGCAGCUGGAGCUGGAAACCCAGUUAGCUUUAGCCAAGAAGAUGGCGCAGUACAGCCUGAAUGAGGAGGGGGAAGCAGAGACCAAUGGCUCCUCUGUUAGCCAAGAUCAGGAACAGGCGGGAGAGAACCCGGGGUCAGCUGCAGAGGUCGAGGGAAGUCAAGGAAAGCUUGGAGAUUCUCUAGAGACGAGAGGGGAGCUCACCAAGCAGUGGUCCACCUCUUCCAGAUCGUCCAACAGGUCAUCAAAGAGAGGAACAAGUCCGUCUCACCACAGCAUUUCAGAGUGGAGGAUGCAGAGCAUUGCCCGGGACUCUGACGACAGCACUGACGACGAGUUCUUUGAUGCCCAUGAGGGCCUGUCGGACAACGAGGACAUGUUCUCCCAGGAAAUCACCAAGUGGAGCUCUAAUGACCUCAUGGACAAGAUCGAGACAAUAGAAGCGGAUGAAGCACAACAAGCGUAUCAGGAGUCGAGUGAGGAGUACAGCGUCACUGAGGACACCCAGGUGGAGGACUGUCCGUCCCAGCAGUGUCCCCAGCCGUCCAGAAUCCACGUCCUCAUUCUGGUCCUGCAUGGUGGUAACAUACUGGACACCGGCUCUGGCGAACAGAACAGCAAGCAGGGAGACGUGAACACUCUCAGUGGGGCUUUUGAGGCCGUGAUGAGGGUCCACUACCCUGCGGCGCUCGGACGCCUCACCGUCCGGAUGGUCCCCUGUCCUGCUGUUUGCGUCGAUGCUUUCUCACUCGUCUCCAAUCUGAGUCCGUACAGCUACGAUGAGAGCUGUCUGUCCAGCAGUCAGGACCACAUCCCGCUCGCCGCUCUGCCUCUCCUGGCUACGUCUGCGCCACAGUACCAGGACGCCGUGGCAACUGUCAUCCUCAGAGCCAAUCAGGUUUACAGUGACUUCAUCAAGUCUCCAGAAGGAGCUGCUUUCAGCGGCCAGGUGUGCGUCAUUGGGGACUGUGUGGGAGGGAUCCUGGGCUUCGACGCGCUCUGCAGCAGCUCUGUGACAGUCUCAGAAAGCCAGAAUAGCAGCAGGCGGGGCAGCGCCAUCAGUGUCCAGGACACAGAACUUCUCUCUCCCGGUAUUAUCAUAAACAGCAUCUCCCCGUCGUCGCCGUCCCUCGAAGGCAGCCGCCACCUGAGCCGCAGCAACAUCGACAUCCCGCGCAGCUCGGGGCCCGACGACCCCAAGAAGCAGCUGCCGCGCAAGCGCAGCGACUCCUCCACCUACGAGCUGGACACCAUCAAGCACCACCAGGCCUUCCUCUCCAGUCUGCACUCCAGCGUUCUCCACGGGGAGCCCGGGUCACGGCGCUCCAGCAACAGCACCAUGCUGGAGGGCGGCUCCCUGGGGAAGUUCGACUUCGAGGUGACCGACUUCUUCCUGUUCGGCUCUCCUCUGGGGCUGGUGCUGGCGCUGAGGAAGACCGUGGUCCCCUCCUUAGACGUGUCCGCCCUGCGUCCAGCCUGUCAGCAGGUCUACAACCUGUUCCACCCGGCCGACCCGUCCGCCUCCCGCCUGGAGCCGCUCCUGGACAAGAGGUUCCACCUGCUGCCCCCCUUCAGCAUCCCCCGCUACCAGCGCUUCCCUCUGGGGGACGGACACUCGGCUCUGUUAGUGGACACCGUUCACAGUAACCCACAGCUGCUGAUGGAGUCCAGCGGCGGGCCGUCCCAGCGUUGCCAUGACAGCCCCGCCAGCGAGACGUCCAUCCUGGUUCCGGUCCUGAACUCUCAGACCUCUCUGGUCCACGGCGACGCUGACACUCUUCAGUCUCCUCUGUAUGCUGAUGGUCUGUGUCCGACCUCCACAUCGCCGGGGGUCCCCCACCUCCGCUGCAGCCGCAGGGCCAGCGAGGCCAGCCUGGCCAGCCAGGUGUCAGGCCUGGCCGACUCCUACACAGCCACCAACAUCGCCACCACAAACAAAAGCCAGUCUAAGAGGCCCAGCCUGCUGUCGCAGCUGCCGCGCAGUAGACUCGCCUCUCGGAGCGCGACUAUUCGCUUGCACAACAAAAUCCGCCGGGUGUUCCCGAGAGCUAACGGCGUGGAGUCUGAGCCGAGCUCAGACCCAAGCUCUGACAUGACCUCUGACCUCACUGAUGUCACAUCUGAAAUCACAGACCUCAGCUCGGUGCCCCCGUCGCCCAGGCUGCUGAAGAACAUAGAGCAAGUUGCGUCGCGGUGGUGGGGCAGUAAGCGCAUGGACUACGCUCUGUACUGUCCCGACGCUCUGACGGCGUUCCCCACCGUGGCUCUGCCGCAUCUCUUCCACGCCUCCUACUGGGAGUCCACAGACGUUGUCUCAUUCCUUCUCAGACAGGUUAUGAGACAUGAGAACUCGAGCAUUUUGGAGCUGGACGGUAAAGAAGUGUCUGAGUUCACGCCCUCCAAACCUCGGGAGAAAUGGGCUCGCAAGAGGACGCACGUAAAAAUACGAAACGUGACGGCUAACCACCGCGUGAACGACGCCGUCUUCACGGAGGACGGAGCGCAGACAGUGACGGGACGCUUCAUGUACGGACCUCUGGACAUGGUCACUCUCACCGGGGAAAAGAUCGACAUCCACAUCAUGACCCAGCCUCCGUCUGGGGAGUGGGUCUACUUUGACACGGAGCUCACCAACAGCAGCGGACGCGUCUCUUACGUCAUCCCAGCUAAGAAGCGACUGGGCAUCGGGGUGUAUCCUGUCAAAAUGGUGGUCAGAGGUGAUCACACGUUUGCAGACAGUUAUCUCACCGUCGUACCCAAAGGGACAGAAUUUGUCGUUUUCAGCAUCGACGGCUCGUUUGCUGCCAGCGUGUCUAUAAUGGGAAGCGACCCCAAGGUUCGGGCCGGAGCCGUGGAUGUGGUGAGGUACUGGCAGGACCUGGGCUACCUGAUCGUGUACGUGACGGGUCGGCCCGACAUGCAGAAGCAGCGUGUGGUGGCCUGGCUCUCCCAGCACAACUUCCCUCACGGCGUGGUGUCCUUCUGCGACGGCCUCGUUCACGACCCGCUCAGACACAAGGCCAACUUCCUCAAAUGUCUCAUCAGCGAGGCCCACAUGAGGAUCUUUGCUGCCUACGGCUCCACCAAGGACAUCUCCGUGUACUCGUCCGUCGGCCUGCCCCCGUCUCAGAUCUACAUCGUAGGAAGACCAACGAAGAAGAUGCAGCACCAGUGCCAGUUCAUCCCAGACGGCUACGCGUCCCACCUAUCCCAGCUCGAGUACAACCAAAGGUCUCGGCCGGCCAAGUCCACCUCCACCCGCAUGGUCCUGAGGAAGGGCAGCUUCGCCCUGGGGGCGGCCGGAGGGGACUUCCUCCGCAAGCGCAACCACAUCUUCCGCACCAUCUCCUCCCAGCAGCCAGGGGGCUCCGGCUCCGGCAGCCAGCCGGUACGGACCGAGCGCACGCUGAGCCAGUGCGAAGGAGAGCGUGAGCGCUCGUUCGCCACCGCAACCCAGAGGAGCAUGAGCAUAGCGGCGGGUUGCUGGGGCCGCGGCAACAAGGAGGGCCCCAAGUGAAGUUUACGCAAGAAGCCAAAAGUGCUCCGUGGUCUCUGGACGUGACGAAGACGGGCGGCUGAGUCGUAGGGAGGCAGAGAUCAAAACGUUCUGUAGCAUGAUCCUCUUACCGUCAGACUUUUAUAGGAUGCAUCAUGUAAAAAGAAAAUGAAAUAUUAUAAGCCUUAAAUUAAUCUCGUUUAACGGGACCGCCUCCUCUCCGAAGGACUCUCCGUCCCAGCAUUCACGCUCAUGAGCUCAGGACUGUUUCAUCCUCGAUCGAACACAAGUCUGAGGCCGAGAGGUGUCUGGCUUUUCUCCUCAACUUCUGUUCCACCGUUUCUUUCGACAACGCCGCCACGGCAUCAAGAGGCAAAAACACCCAGAUAAAUCGUAAAAAGGUUCAAAUAAAACACAAAAGCAGAUAGUUUUGGUUUAUUUUGUACGUGAAGAGGAACACAUCUUUAUUGUCCCUUAUAUUCCCAACUAUAGAAGGAAAUAAAAGUUUUAUCUCAAGGUAUCUGUUAUGAGUACCGUGCUCUAGAAACAUUUUUUUUUAAUUCUUUGAGUCAUAAAAGUAUAGCCUUAAAUAUGCUAAAUGUCAUACAGUUUAUCCUGUUGGAGCCUGUUUGUUUCCUAAACACGGCAAAAACACUGAAUCUUACCAAUUAAGUAUCUUAGUACACUUGAAAUAAGACUAAAUAACGUAAAUAUAACAUUUUAGCAAGGUAAAUAAGCUUGUUAUAAGUCAAUAAUUUUUGCAUAUAAAUAAAAAACACUAGUUCCACUGGAAGAUUCUUCUUAAACAUUUAGUGAAAAAAUCACUAAAUGUUUAAUUAGCAUGAUGAAGCUAAAUAAUUAGGUAAAUAUUUAGCUUCCUCUUGCUAAUUACAUACUUAGGAAGCUAAAUAUUUAGUGACAAACUACUUCAGAAAGAGUUAGCACACUCAAAAUUAAGUUAGCUAACUAGAUGUAGUUUGCAGCUAAAUUUUGUUUUAAUUGAAAAUAAGCUACCAAUGAACAUUUAUUUCAUUUGGUAAUGUGUAGCCGUUGCUAGUGAAGAUUGGAUAGAAAAUGCUGGAAAACUUGUAGAGCUUGUAUUGCUAAAACACAGUUAGCGUAUCCAGUUAGCAACAAUUAGCAAAUCCGAUUUUUGGAACAUGAUUAAAAUCUGAUCCAGUUCUGAGAUAAAAUACAUCAAAAAUCAAACCAAAACUCUGCUUUUCUACACACUAAAAGAAAGAAAAGUUUUAUUUGGAAGUUUGGUUAAUGGACUGUCGUAUCUAGUCCAAGUUCCAGAACAGGAUUGUUUGUCGUCAUUAGUUGUUUUUUUUGUUUGUUUGUUUCAGUACACAUUACAGGAGAGUGUAGUUUUUGUUACGCCCUUUUCCUUUCAGCGUGGCCUCUUGGCCACUGAAGGCCUUAAAAUCCCACAAGACACUGACUCUACAGCGAGAACAGGAAGCAGAAAAACAGGGCAUGCAGCAUUAAAGCACCAACUGAACUCUGUACAGUCCACAGCAACUAUCCCUUUAUAAUCAUCUGCUUGCAAUACCUCGGACCCACCUGCUGGCGGCGCUCUGGGAGUCAGAUGGCGCUUCCAAGCUUUGUGCUCUUUUUGCGUUUCCACAUUAUGGACUCAGUGUUGCUGAUUGAGGACAACGGCUUGUGAAGCAGGAAUUUCACGUAGUUUUUGUUGCGCCAAAAUGGCCGAAGAAUGCGUGGAAACGUUUCAGCCUGAAUGUUUCGUGGUGCGUUCAGGGGUGAAUGUUGAGGUUGGGAGAGUACGCCUUGCACUUCUCCUAAGCCCAAGACGACGUGUUAUGGGUUUUGCUGCUUUUCUUCUACUAAACUGUAGAUUUUCAUGCAAAAUGGACUUUGGAAAAGAAGACAUGUCAUGUCUGAUCCAGGAAGCCAGAGUGGAUAAAACGGAUGAUGAGUUCAAGGAAGGCUCUGUAGAUUAUUAGGUUUUAGGACAACAGUCAGGUGCCUGAAUGGAGACUGAAAUCAGCUCCGUUCAGGACAGAUGUUCAUCUUGCUUUAAAAGUUAAAAAUGUCCUGAGCACAACGUGUGCUUCCAUUUUAAGUGAUGGAGGGGAAAUGCCUCAGUGGUAACUAUGAUUUUAACUAAUAUACUACAGGUUAUGGUUUAUUAAAUAUAUUUCACAAUAUUAAGUUACUCAUUUAGUUUGCAAACAGCAUUAUUUAAGCUAAAAAGCAACAGCCAGCUAAAAAUAUUUAUGAUGGCAUGUAAGCUACCACUAUUAUGUUGACAUGAAGUAACGCUCCAUUCAGAAUGAAAAAUCCUACGUAAAAGCUCAAAUUAGCCGAACUGCUAAUGCUAGCUAAAAUGCUCUCAAUAGCAAGUGGGCUAUCACCAACAUGUUAACUAACAUUAACUCACUCCAUUCAGUGUAUUAGGUUUAGCUUUUAAAUGAAAAUGUGCUGAAAUGCUACGUUAUUAAAGAGGGCUAGCACUAGCAAGGUGAUCUACAGUAGCUUACUCUGUUCAACAUGCAGGAACCCAUGUCGGCAAUGAUAGCAACAUGACAGUGUUACCUAACACGUUGGCUAACAUUAGCUUAAUCCACUCAGUAAAUCAAAAUGGGCUAAAAAGCUAAUGUUUGCUUCAAUGCUAUUAUUAUUAUGUUGGCUUACACUAGGAUGUUGUGUAAACUUAACUUUGUCCAUUCAGUAAGUUAACUUUGGUUUUGAAGUAGAAAUUGGGUAAAAGUGUAAUCUUGUUAAAUGCUAUUGUAAUCAUGUUGACUUAUGCUAGCAUGUAGGAUAACAUUGACUUAAUCCAUUAAGUAAGGUAGGUAGCUUUAAUUUUUAGGUCAAAAUUAGCUAAAUAGUUAAUGUUAGCAAAAAUGCUAUUAUUUUCUUGUUGGCUUGCUGUUUCUUUUAGAUGAAAUAUUCAGUUACUUAAAAAUUAAAUUAGCCAGAUGUAGCCAUAGCUUUUUAACAACUUGUUUCAGUCUCUUCAAUGUUUCAUAAUUUAAUGUAUCAAUUUCUGUUUCACUGUUUUUGAGCGCUACUGGUAAUGACCCUUUAAAAUAUUUCCUUUUCACCCUCGCUUAGACUGGAAGCGCAUUCAAGACACAAGUGUUUAAAAAUGAGCACUUGACUGUAUUUCAGUUCAAUUCAUAUAAUCUGGAUUGGAUUAGAUUAGCUGACUGAACAGCCCUUCCUUCCAGCCUGUGGGAGGUUUUGGAAGCUCUGUCUGUUUCCACUCUGUGUGACCAACGAUGUCUUCAUCAAACGACAAAAGCCAAAAUCAUUCUCUAAUACUGUAGUGAAUCAACUAUUUAACCUCAUUGUUUCUUUUUGCACUAGGUUACAAGAGAGUGUGUAAUAGUUGUUGUUUGUCACUGUUUUUGACGCCUCCGUAGUGAAAAUCCCCCGUUGAUUUCUGCCAGGACGGGAAUCUUACUGUGUGUGUUUUUGGGAAGAAAGGAAAACGAUGUCAGUAUAAUGAACGUGCCAAACUGUGGCUGCAGAUGAAAACACAAAGAUUCAGACCAAGAUUUUUUAAAAUACUGCUCAGCGCAACCAAAAUCAGACGGCAUCUUUAAGGUAUUCACGUGGUUAAUCUUUUCCGGUCCUCAGGACUACAUUUCCCAUAAUGCUUUCAAAGUACAGCUCCAGAAGUUUACAUACCCUCAUGAUGAAUUUAGGGCUUGUAAUCAUUUAACGGAACCAUUUUCUUCCCCAGGAUUGGAUUAUCACACAAAAUCUGUUGUAAAAUAGAUUGUUGAAAUCUAUUUUACAAACUUUUAAUGUCUGCAUUUUCAUUCCAGAGUGUAUAUGGAUAUGCAAUUUCAGCCGAAUGUGUACAUGAGCACAUAAAAAAAAAACAUGACACAAUAUAUAACUAAAACUAUCUUUAUUACAAUUGGUGGCUUUUUCUUGCAAACUAUUUGAAGAUUUUUUAAAUUAAUUAAAAAUAGCAUUUAUUAAAAACUUAAUUGGAAAAAAAUUACGCUAACUACUUUAUAUUUAUAAUAGUCACAUAGUGACCAUUCAUUGAUGCAUUGAAUUGUUAAUUGAUAUAAUUCUCAGGCAGAUAUAUAAUAAUUUCAGCGACAGAGCAGUAAUUUUAGACCAGUUGUUCUGUCAAGACAUUCGCCAGUAAGAUUUGUAGAAGAACAAAUCAGAAAACAACAUGAGCUUCUUAAUGAUGUGGAUUAGGCCGGUUAUCAAUGUCACAGUGUUGCAAAGUUUCAAAUAACAAAAAUAAAUACAUUUUCAGGACGCAC